AUGGGUCGUGGUUCACGAGUUUCUAUUAUCGGUGCAGGUUCUGUUGGUGCUUCCAUUGCCUUUGCAUUGCAUCUGCAGAAGAUUUCCUCUGAAAUUCUUUUGGUUGAUAUUAAUCCUGAAGCUGUUGAAGGUCAAGUGUUAGAUCUUUCAGAUGCCAACUUCACUUCUUCUACCCAAGUUCGCAGUGGCACUUUUCAGGAGGCUGGACAAUGCGAUAUUGUAGUUAUUACUGCUGGUGCUAAACAGAAGUCCGGUGAAACAAGAGUUGAAUUAAUUGAAAGAAAUUACAAAAUUUUGGAUAAUGUGAUAGGAUCUAUGAAACCAUUUAAUCCUAAUAUAAUUUUAUUAUUAGUAGCUAAUCCUGUAGAUGUAUUAACUCGCAUUACUCAAAAACUAUCUGGUUUGCCAGAAAAACAAGUAUUUGGUUCGGGUACUUUUCUGGACUCGGCCAGAUUAAAACUUAAAUUAGCUUCUGUGAUUGGGGUCUCUGAGAAUGCAAUUCACAGUUACGAUUUAGGUGAACAUGGUGAUUCACAAAUCAUUGCAUGGUCUUCUGCCCAUGUUGGAGGUAAACCUUUGUUGGACUUUCCCGAAAUUCAAAAAUUAGAUAAAGAGGUUGUUGCUAAAGAAAUUGCAAAUAAAGCCUACAAAAUUAUUGAGCUUAAAGGAGCAACUUAUUUUGGAAUUGCUGGAUGUGUAUCCAUGUUAGUUCAAUGUAUCGUAUUGAAUCAAAGACAUAUAAGACCAUUGAGUGUUUAUAUUAAAGAAUAUGACUGUGUAUUUAGCAUGCCAGUCGUAUUGGGAAGUAAUGGUGUUGAAAGGAUAAUUGAAAUUUCAUUGAGUGAAAAAGAAAAGAACAAAUUGAGACGUUCAGCUUCAGCCUUGAAAUCAAUUUGUACCAAAUAUCUUUAG